GUGGUCCUUCGGGGUGGGGUUAUGCUAGGAAACUUAAAUAUGGCGGAGAGCUGUGCGUGGUUGUUAGUGCUUGGCUCGGUUUUGUUAUGUAGUCUGUUUAAGAUGCUGCUCCCGACCCUUUCUUUACUUAUUGCUAAAUUUCUUCAGAAAGACGGAGAAACUGAGCUCCAAAUGAGAAUUGAAAUUGGAAACAUGAAGCAGGAGUUGGCAACAAUCAGCAUGAUGGAUGAAUUUGCUCGAUACGCACGCCUGGAGCGCAAGAUCAACAAAAUGACUGAUAAACUGAAAACUCAUGUCAAAACAAGAACAGCACAGUUAGCCAAGAUCAAGUGGGUGGUGAAUAUUGUCUUUUAUAUUGUUCAGGCAGCUUUAAUGAUUUCCCUGAUAUGGAAAUAUUAUUCAGAACCUGUUACUGUGCUCCCACACAAAUGGAUUGCCCCCUUGGAGCGGAUGGUGGCUUUCCCAACUGGAGUAGCAGGUGGAGUUGGAAUUACCUGCUGGCUCUUGGUCUGCAAUAAAGUUGUUGCUGUGGCAUUGCAGCCAUUCAGCUAAAAUCUAACCCUGGGAAAUUGGCUUACCAGUAUUUUAUUCAUUAUUUUGAAAGACUGCUGUUAGGUUCAGCUCUUUUUUUUACAUUUGUUGCAAUGUUAUUUUGUGAAGCAUUUUUUAAAAGAAACAUUUCAAAGAGGGAUGUGAAGAGGAAGAAAACAAUACAUUUUUUGAUGCAAAUAGAUUUUGGAAAGUGAUAUAAUAAAGUUGCUAGUUUUUAGUAGUUUUGAAAUUCACAGGACUUUUAAGAAUAGUUGAGGAUCUCAAUGUCUUUAAAGCCUGGGGAAGUACAAAUUAUACUGGAUGUGAUGGCAACCUGCAGAUUGUUGGUGGUUUUUGUGCCCAUUUGAGUUCUGGUGUUCAAGUUACUUGGUUUUGUGAAGAAACAACUUUCCUUUAUUCAUUUUAAUGACUGUUUCACACUAAUUGCAAUUUGUUUUGUACAGCCAUUCUUUGCAUUGAAGUUUUGUGCAAAAUAAAAGUCCUGUGCUGAUUGGAAGCAAAAUAAUUGAAAUAAGAACUUAAUAACUGAAUGGAAGGCUUACCCCAUUUCAUGUGCAUAGCUAGUGGGGGUUGUGAAGAAUGAAAUGGUAAAUGGCUCUAUAACCUUUAGAGAAAUAAAUGUUCAGCCAGACAGAAUCGCCAGUCUUCUGAGAUCCCUUGCUCAUACAGUAGAGCAUCAAAUUUUGACCUAGAUCCCAAGGGAGAUCUGAACUCAAGACUUUCAAACAAGUUAUUUUAGUUUUAGUAAGAAGAAGGAGAGGUUUAUUUAUUCAUAGUGACAUUUGUUACUGGACAUCAUCAAAGAAUCUGCAGAAUUUUAAGGAUGUGCUCCAACCAUUUUUCCAAUUUUACCCUCUCACAUAAUUUUAACGGGAAAGCUGUAAUGAAGGGACCAUCGGUGAACAAUAAAAAGUCCAUUGCUAUUAGUUGCCCAGUUUCACAGGAGGUGUAAAAUUAGUAUGUGUCAGCAGUGUGCUCUGGUGAGAGUUAACCCCUUGAAGAAGGAGGAAGAUUAGAAAAGGAAAAAGUUCACUCUUAAAUCCACGAGAUAUUAACUUGGCUCAAUACUAAUUCACCUAGGGCAAGCUGGUAUAUUUAUAUUUAUUUACAUGCAGGUUACCUGAUUAGUUUUUAAGACCAAACUUUGCACUUUCUAACAGGAUUUCUUUUGCAGGAUCUUACAGUGUUUUAGUUGCUUGUCUUAUUGUUCAGACAGUUAGGAAAUGUACAGCAUAAUAUAUAAACUUGUGUUUUCAAGGAAUCGGAUUAACUCUUUACAUCAACUGUGGGUUACCAUAAUGUUACCAGUGUCCAAGCUUUGAUAUUUAUGUGUUGAUAAGAUGAAGCAUUGGACAGAAAUAGUUUCCAUGAUAAAAAUAACCCACUGGAAAUCAACAUCAUGGCUAAUGCAUGAACAUUAGUUGGGCUACGAGUGUUUUUGAAUAUUUAGCAGAGAAGAGAAAGACAUUUGAAAGGAAUUGAGGAAGUUAAAGGAAUAUUGACAGUAAAUGACAAUGGUGAACAUUCUACAAUAAUGCUACAGAUGGGUGCAGUGUUUUUAUGAGAUGAAGUAGUUGACUUGGUAUUGUUUACUGCCCAUCCCUCAGUUGCCCUUGAAAACAUUGGAAGACCCAUCUUCUUAAACAAUGGCAGUCCUUGUCCUAAUCCACUUGAAUAGAUGUUUUGACAGUAUGAAGCAGUGAUGGGAGUUACUGACAAAUGGGAUCUUUCCAGGUCGUUGGAAUAAAAAUAUUGUUGCAAGAUAAUUAUUUAACAGAAGUUAGAAGUUCCCUUUCAAAGUUUUCUUCAAAUCUAAAGAAGCAGUAGUAUUUUGCAAAAACCUGAGCAUGGGUUUUCUUAUUUAGUAUUUCUAGUGCAUGUGUUAGUGGAUAGAGUAGGAGUUCCAGAGUUGAGGUUAACUAGGAACAGUAAAUCCACUGCUGUUUUUCCCUUUGAUGCGUUCUAGUUGACGGUAAUGGUAAAGCUCUUGCUCCCAAGCCCCCCUCAAUGCUGUUCUGAUUUUGUUGAUAAGUACUGUGUGACUUUGUUUCUGUUAUUCACUUUAAUUGGACUGGACCCUAGGUUUCCAGCCUGUAUCUCUCCAGAAUAGCUCCUUUUGAUAUUGUACCCAAAUUACAAUUGGGCAGUGAGCGAUGAUUGCACCUAGACUGGGAAGGUAUGAAGGCAGUAUUGCUGGAUAGGCCCAGAGUCCUGAGAGAAUGAAUUAAUCAUUCCUGAUUACUAAGUGUAAGUUUUAGGAGGGUAUAGGGUUUAAAAAAAAGAAACAUUUGCUCAUUCAUAUUUGUUCUUUUAGAUGUGACAUGACUCUUUGAAACUUCAACAUACAGCAUCAAGAAAUAGUGUCACUAUUUAACAUGAGUUUAAAUCUGACUUGCAGGCAAUAUUGUUGCAAACAUUAAUUAUUGAUUUUUCCAUGCUUAUUGGACUCUAGAGAUUAAUGUCUUGAGACUUCCUUUAACUUAACAAAAUAGAAUUUCUUGCUUGCUUUUUGUGUCUUAAUGUUUUCUGUGUUGUUUUGGAGCUGAUUGCAAUGCACAUUAAAUUAACCCAUCGACAUCGAACAGUUUCUGUCUCUGGUACCACCAAGUAUUUGCAUGCUAAACUAGCAAUUCUCUGACAGGAAGGAGACCACAUAUUAGAUAAUCCUUAAUCUGUCAGAUACCCUUGGUUUAAUUGUUUUAUUCUCUCACUAUUGCAGUUUUCCCCCUCUUAAUUCACCCUUGAGGUACACCUUCCAUGAACAAAGGAUAACCUGUGAUACCUAGUCCAAAUGUCUUAUCUGCACUGUGAGCUUUGCACAUAAUAUAGUGUGCACAGCAGAAUGUCCUUGGUCUGUAUUGCCUCUGUGCAAUAUUCCACAGAGGUCAAUAAAAUUUGGCUUCACAAUUGUGCAGUAUAAUGGCGUUGGACUAUUUAAUACUUCAAUAUUUCCUGAUGGACUGAAUUCAUGGUCUUUUGUGAUUUCUCCUGGGGAAGAUGGUUAAGAUAGGGGACCUUUGAUCAGGGGCCAAGGGAUACUGUUUGAACCAAUGAGGUAGGAGGAGGCUUGUUAAUGUGAAAUAGUUUUUUUGGAGGAAAAAAUGGCUAUUUGAAGAUAACUUUGUGUAAAGAUGGAAGCAAAGUUCUAUUCCGUCUUGCUCAUUAUCCUGUGCCUGUAAUUUUGGUCAAUAAAAAUUUUGUUGCUCCUUAU